CCACCUCAUCAUCUUCAGCUACAUCUUGCCUCUGAUUUACUGAUUUACUGAUUUCCUGAUUUACUGUUUUACUGUUUUACUGUUUUACCGUUUUACUUCCACACACACGCCAUCUUUCUUACAUCACACUCUCGUCUGGCCAUCUCCACUUCAAAAAGCAUGCCACCUUCUAUCUCCUCGCCAAUGACUGCAUCUGGAGAGCCUAUGUCGCCAACAGCACCCAUCUCACCAGCGCCCUCUUUAUCACCUACUACUUCACCAGCACGCGUAGACGAUCCUACACUCAAGACUACUGACGCCGGGGUCAAGAAGCCGGCUCAGAAGAAGAAAAGGACCAAGCGUCAGACAGCCCAGAAGGCUAGCCUGAAUAUGCAGAGGAUGCACGCUUUCUUCAGGGCUCAUCGUGGCGAGGAGGAGUACAAAGACAUGACCUUCCAGGAGAUCCAGAAGGCGCUGGGUCAGCUUUGGAAGACGGCGCCCGAAAACCCCAAGAACAGCGCCGCCUAAACCCACGUCUGAGACUCGAUGAUCAACCCCAGCCUUUACGCCAUACGAUGAGCCAGGCACAGCUCAGCCUCUACGUCAACAAUAUCAAGAUAUUGGUCUCCGAGGAGCAUCUACUCGUCACCGCAUGGAUCUAUAUGAUCUCUUCAGCUGUGUCCCGCCUCGUU